AUGAGUGAAACUGGUGAACAGGGAUUGAAGAAUAUAAUGGACAUCAACGCUGAUAUGUGGUCCGAUGGUACAGCUAUCAAACCCACUAAGGAUGGUAAGAAGUAUACCCCUACCCUCAAAGCCUUUACCUCAGCGCGAACGUUCAAAGAAGCACAGAUUGACGAUCCUUGGGAAGUUGAGGUAGUCUUCGGUGAUAAUGGGAAAGGGUUCCUGGAUCCCGCUAUUGUCCACGAUACCGAAACCGACGGCCGCAUCGGAAUUGCCUAUCAAGUACCAGGUGACGACGCGCUCCCGCGGGGCGAAGUCUUCACCGAAAUGAUUGAUAACUUUCUGUUUGAAGUGCUCGGUCCCCAAUCGGUUGACCCAAAUAAGAAAGUUACCACUACGUGGGCGCAAAUCAAGUCAGAUUAUUAA